AUGAGUUCUCAGCAUCUGUUGAAAAGUUCAGUUAACCAAUACUUGGAAGAAUUACCGCAGCAAAUUCAGAGUAGGUUAUAUGAAUCUCCUGCUACAUGUUUGGCCAUCUACAGGCUCUUACCUCAACUGGCAAAGUUUUUUAUUAUGUCAAUGGUUUUCAAUGAAAGUGCUAUUUCACUUCGUGAUUUAGAUAGGUGGGUUAAAUCUAGUGGUAAACUUCAAUUUCAGGAUGCUAUCAAAUCUAUGAAGUCCCUGCAUCUGCUUAUACCAGUUAGAAGUAAUGGACCGAUGCUUAUUGAUCUGAACCAUACCUUUAGGGAGAGUUUUAAAAAUGCAUUGACCGGAGGUGAAGUGAGUAAUUCUUUCGGUAUUGUUAUGGAAUUGGAUAAUGACACAGUCACUACUGAUAUGUUGGACAAGUAUUCAGCUGAUAAGUGGGAAACUAUUUUGCAUUUCAUGGUAGGGACAUCUCUGGCGCAUAUACCGUCUGAAAACGUUUUAAACCUUUUAAAACACAGUAAAUUGAUGGAAGAGAGUAACACGACGGGGGAAUUCAAAAUCACUAAUGAGGGGUUUCAAUUUCUUCUACAGGAAGUAAACUCACAACUGUGGGCACUUCUUCUACAAUAUUUAAAAAUGACAGAAAUGUUACAGAUGGAUCCAGUGGAUAUAUUGAAUUUUAUCUUUAUGUUGGGUGCAUUAGAGUUUAGCAAACCAUAUAGCACUAAUGGAUUAUCAGAGACUCAAAAAGUCAUGUUAAAGGAUAUGAGAGAUUACGGUUUGGUUUUCCAAAUGAAUUCCAAUGCGAAUGUCUUUUAUCCAACACGAUUGGCAUCGAUGUUAACAUCUGAUCCCAAGAGUAUUAGAGGUGCUUCUGGUGCCAUGGAUAGUGUUCUAAAACAAAAUAAAGAAGAUGUUCUUAAUAAAAGCGGUGGUGCAGGUGCCAAUGCAGAUGACGAUGCAGAUGAAAUCGGUUCUGAGGGCCAGAAUAUGCAAGACGGUGCAUUGAUCGUGGAGACGAAUUUCAAACUAUAUUCGUAUUCGAAUUCACCUUUGCAAAUUGCCAUUUUGAGUCUUUUCGUUCAUAUGAAAUCAAGAUUUUCCAAUAUGGUUACUGGUCAAUUGACAAGAGAAUCUAUUAGACAAGCAUUGCUAAAUGGUAUUACAGCAGAUCAAAUUAUUGCAUAUUUAGAGACACACGCUCAUCCACAGAUGAGAAGGAUGGCUGAGGAGCAAUUAGAGAAAAGAUUGGAAUUGGAUCCGAAUAGUAAAGAUCCGUUACAAAUUUUACCACCUACGGUUGUAGAUCAAAUUAAAUUGUGGCAAUUGGAAUUGGAUAGAAUUAUUAGUUUCGAAGGAUCACUUUACUCUGAUUUUGAAAACCAUCAGGAAUUCACCUUACUUAGCUCCUACGCUCAGGAUAUUGGCGUUUUAAUAUGGAAGGAUGAUAGGAAGAAGAAAUUCUUCGUCUCUAAGGAAGGUAAUUCUCAAGUUCUCGAUUAUGCAAAGAGAAAGUUGAAGAAGAAAUAA